AUGGCUCGUACCAAGCAGACCGCCCGCAAGUCCACUGGUGGCAAGGCCCCUCGUAAGCAGCUCGCUGCCAAGUCCGCAGCGCGCAAGACCGCGCAAGCAAGCGCAACCGGUGGUGUGAAGAAGCCUCAUCGCUUCCGGCCGGGAACGGUCGCCCUCCGUGAAAUCCGGCGGUACCAGAAGUCGACCGAGCUCCUCAUCCGCAAGCUGCCCUUCCAGCGGCUCGUCCGUGAGAUGCUCAGGACUUCAAGGUACACUGAUCUCCGCUUCCAGUCCUCCGCCGCGUACCUCGUCUCCCUCUUUGAGGACACCAACCUCGCUGCGAUUCAUGCAAAGCGCGUCACUAUUCAGCCCAAGGACCUCGCGCUCGCGCGGCGGCUCCGUGGAGAGCGUUCAUAG